ACAAUUCAACAUUCCGAUUGAAGUAUUGCCGCGCAAACUAGAGCCAACUUCAUGGUUGAUUUUAUGUAUUUCAAACGAAUCUAUUGUUAAUGUAUUUUGUUUAUGUGAAAACGAUAUUUUAUUGUGUAAAAAUUGUCUAGUAUUUUGGAAUAGAAUCAAUUGAAAUUGGAUUAUUCGAUGUAAAAAAUAAAGCGAGAGAAAUGGCGGCAAAUGAAAUAUCGCUAUUCAAUUCGAGCGUAUCGACUGUGGAUGGAAAUGCGAGUGUAAACAAUGAUAUUGAGAAUGGGAUGAACAAUGAAGACAUGAUACUGGCUCGAUUGAACGAAUUGCGAUUAUGGCAGGAAUCGCAGCGUAAAUCAUUGGUUGAAAAUCAAUUGGAUCAACAAAAAAUGUUAGAAUUGGAAAAACAAAAAUUGUACGCUCUGUUCGGGCUGAAUGCUGACGAAUCCAGUUUACAAGACGCUGGUGCCUAUUCAGCCGAAUCGAGUUUUGGCGUUCAACACAAUCAACAACAACAGCAACAACCGAGAGUGAUGAAUAACAUUUAUGAAACACCAAAAACACAUCUCAACGAUUCCAAUCCUUCGAUAGAACAAAAACCACUGGAACUAAACUCACCCUCAAUCAAUCAAUUGCAAAAAAUCAUCGAAAAUUUGGCAAACCAUUCGCCAAGACGCGAUGUACACCACCAACACGAAGACAAUGCAAACAUUCCGAAACGGCCGUAUUUAAAACGCGGUGAAGGGUUGAAAAAUCGCUUUAAAAUUUCUCCAGAUGCCUUCCGUUUGGACAAUCUGCCAAAAUAUAAAUAUGCACGGCGGAUGCAAAAACAUGCGCAAUCGCAACAAUUGCGUAAACAACGUCAUCAGGAAAUCCCAACAAAUGAUACAAUAACAUCAACUGCAGGCGUAGGGGUGGCUGAAACGUUCGAAGGACAACAAAACAAUGCAAAAGAUCAUUCUAUCCACAAUCGGAGUCAAAGUGAAAAUAACCGAAAAACAGUGAGAGAAACAACAAAACGACCCAGCCCACAAACGUUGCAAUUGAAAUUGAAACCAAACGCGACGGCAAACAAAGUGAAACCAUUGUCAUCGUCGAAUGAGGUUCUGCAUCAGUACAAUCAAGAUGUUGCGCGGAGUGUAGAGCAAGCAAUUGUACCGAGAAUUAAACGACCAAGUUUAUUGUCACCGGCCACAAAAAUCUUAUUGGACACACCAACCAGGGAGCGAGUACAGUUCCAGCAGGACGAGAUAAACGAACUAAAGCAUUUUGUGCAAUUGGAACAGGAUUUUGAUAAAAAUCAAAGUGCGUUAGAAAUGGACCGAGGAAGACGUGACGAUAAUGUGGUGCUAAAGUUCAAAGUGGGCCUCAAUUUAUCGCCAAAAAAUUACAUGAGCCAUCGAAAUUUCGGUGACAUUGAAGAAGAAGAAGAGGAGGAGGAAGAAGAGAAUUUUCAGCACAGCAUUAGUAGUGAUAGUAGUAUGGGCGACGAAUCGAAACAUGUCCGUUUCCACUCGAGAGCGUUGACCAUCGAAAAGGAUGAUCGGAGUCAGAUGAUGGCUGAAAAUAUUUACGAUGUGCCAAGAACAUCCAGUCCACAUGAAAACUCAUCGGAUUCAUUUAAAAAGUUCAAGGAAAAGUUAUUUGAUAGACGACUGAAGCAAAAGUUCCAGAAUCGAUUGAGCGUUGCCAAAGAUUUCGAAAUAUCAGAUAUGAAUUCCAAUUGUGACGAUGAAGAAGCCACGGCACAUCAUUUGAACGAAACGGACGAUGCCGAGGUAAAGAGUAAGCUGCAAGAGCGUAUGCAGAGUUUGGAACGAGAGAUUCAUUCGUUCCGCCAACAAAAUAACGAGCUUACCAAAUUGAUCCGUGAAUAUGACAUAAUUCGAUUGAAUUACGACGCAGAGCAUCGAGCCGCACAAGAGCGCAUGGAAAAUGAACGCAUCAACUUUGAAAUGUACAUGCAUGAUCAACGGUUGAAAAUGUUGGACGAAAAAUCCAAAUGGGAGAAAAAGAUGAAAGAAGGUCGCGCAAUAACACAAAGUGAAAAGGAUGAGCUGGUGCGUUUGCGAGAGAAGUGUGCCAAUCAUGAAGCGGAGCUCAGUGCUCGGGAACAGAAACAUGUCAGUGCACAGGGCCGAAUACGGGCACAGUUACGGAACGUCGAAAAGGAUUUGAAAGAAACGCGAAUCGAAUUGGAAAGCCUGCAACGGGAGAAUAAGAAAUUGGAAGCGGAGAAUAUGCGAUUGAGACGUCAGAGCAAUAGCAAAAUUUUAACAGAAAUCAACAAAAGUAUUUCGAAACUGUCCCAUUCGAAUGAGCAUGACAACCAGCGGGAGAACGAAAAAGAUGGUGUGAACGAGAAGACAUUGCGACGUGGUGUGAAAAAGUGCUCCAAUAUGAAUGCCCACAAAACCGUUGUGGCCAAAGUGACAUGUCAUCGUGAAUCGUCGAAAGGGAAUCGUGAACGUUCAAACAGUGUGCCAAAUUUGCGAAGUGAAAGCACGGAAAAAAUUGCAUACGAACUUUGUUCCAGUUCGAACGUUUCGGAAGGUGAAAAUAGUGAGAGUUCAUCGCACGAGGAUAAAUCCAACUAUUUCGCCAAUUCAGUCCAAAAAGACCGAUUCAGCAGCGCCGAUGAGGAGGAAUACAACAAACACAAGUCAAAUCAAUGCGAUGAAUCAGACAAUAUUAGCACUGGAAUGAAACGCGUCAUUGAAAAUCCCGAUGGCAGCAAAGAUGUGUGGUAUCAAAAUGGUAAUUUGAAGAAAAUCUCAGCCGACGGAAUGUGCAUUCGCAUGCUGUACUUCAACAAAGACAUCAAAGAAACCGACAUCAAAGAAGGAAUUGUCAAGUAUUAUUAUGCCGAAACAAACACCUGGCAAACCACUUACUUGGAUGGAUUGGAAAUUUUUGAAUAUCCUGAUGGUCAAACUGAGCAUCGUUACAAAGAUGGCAAAGUGGAAAUAUAUUUCCCAAAUGGGACGGUACGUAUAUGCAAUCCAGCUAGAGAGCAACAGGAAGGAAUUAAAGAAGAAUGGAAAUAUCCCGAUGGAUCGAAUGCAAUUCAAAUGACCAAUGGUGAACGUAUGCUAUUACUACCGAAUGGGCAGCGGGAAAUCCAUGCAAAUGGUCACAAACGACGUGAAUAUCCCGAUGGAACAGUGAAAAUUGUUUAUCCAGACGGUAGCCAGGAGACAAGAUACUCAAACGGUAGGGUUCGGUUGAAGAAUAAAGACGGUAAACUUAUCAUGGACUCGGAAACCAUUUCCAUUUAAAAUAACACAUUAUCAUUAGCUCAACUACAUUGUCAAAACCUAUUUAGAAUUAAAUGUCACAAUAGCAUCCAUUCAUCGUUACAUUUACAAAGAUAUCCCACAUACAUACACAUACACACUCAACGUUGACUUUGAUGUGGACUUAUUCUGAUUGAGAAUCAAAAAAUUGGUGUAAAACUCUUGUGAACUCACAAAUAAAAAUAACGAACGGAUUUUAAAAUUGUA